UGCGCGCAAUCAUUCGUGUCACCCUGUGCCUGCGCCACCAGCUAGUUUAAAACCAGGGCUGGCACUGCACCCACUCUCUGGCCCUCACUGUUGCUUCCUCAUAUCUUCUUCUUCCUCCUGCCCCCUCCCUCUCGGCUGGCUGGCUCUUCUUGCUUUGCCACUAGCGAUUACCACGAAGAAGAAGCCAACGCCUAACCUUGGAGAUGUCGACAAUCAUCAUGAGUGUCGACCUUGAGUGCGACCGAUGCUACAAGAAGAUCAGAAAGGUCCUCUGCAAGCUUCAAGACAGAGAAAACAUCAAGAUGAUCUCGUACGACGAGAAGAGCAACACGGUGACGGUAUCCGGCUCCUUCGACGCCGAGGAGGUCGCCGACAGGCUCUGCUCCGAUGCUGGUAAGGUGAUCACUGACGUACAAGUCGCCAGAGGGAACCAGAUGAACCCCGGCGCCAAGGUGGCGCCCAAGCAGCACGGCAAGGAGGGCCACGGCCACGGCCCCCAAGCGCAAGGUCACGGCGGCAUGCCGGAGAAGAGCAAGCACGUCAAGUUCGGCAUGGACGACGACGAACGAAUCGAUCGGCGCGGCCACCACGACCAAGGACAUGGACAAGGCCACGGACAUGGACAUGGACACGGGCAAGGACAUGGACAUGGACAUGGACACGGACAAGGCCACGGGCAAGGACAUGGACACGGACACGGCAACGGCCAAGGCGGCAAGCCGAAGGUGGUAACUACCACGGCGAUGUCACGGAAUGAGGCCCCGCGCGCCCAGCAGCCGGCGUCCUUGAUGGCCAUGGCGCCCAUGCGGAUGCCGACGCCGGCGCCCAGCAUGACGAUGAUGUCGCAGGCGAUGGCCUCGCCGUCCAUCUGGCCGGCCGCCCCUGAGUGGGGAUACAGCGCACCCGCGUACGGACACGGGUACGCCGGAGGGGCACCUGCCGGAGGGUACUACGGCGGGCCCGUGUACGACCACGGCGCGUACGGGGCGUACGGCAGGAAUCCGUACCAGCCGCAGUACUACGAGGAGCCGCCUAGCGCUGGGUGCAGCGUCAUGUGAUGAACUGAACGCGUACGGAGCGCACAUGAAAACCUUGCUCAGUUCACAAUAGUUACUGCCUUACUGGGAAACACUUUGUAUCCAGUUUCAUUAAAACACUAUAUACGGGUGUA